AUGAAUGCGAAAAUCAGUAGCGACCUUAGCCAAUACUCUGCACUUCAGCUCGCUAUCACUUUGUGGUCAUGGGACGUCUGUCGAGACUGCACAGAGGAAAAGAGAGUACAAUGCGAGAAUCAGAAUUGCCUUGGUAGCCGAAUCACUCGAAUCCAACGAUACCUGAAAUACUACGAAGCUGUUAUUUCAACAUAUAUCGAUGCAACUUCUACGUCAACAAGAAACGUUAAGACCCAUUCGGAUAUAUUUACAAUCAUUUCUAUCCUCAAGUCGCAUUCGGAUGCAACAUUAUCAGAGCUUCGCCAACUAGCUUCUCCCAGCACCAACACCAACACCCAAGCCGAUGCAAUUGCAAUUGGUGUCAAAACUAUGCUCAUGAUUGAUCCUUCAGCCCUCCAUCGUUCAUCCGACAGGCUAGAAAAGGGAACUUUCCGAGUGCACUGGAAAGAAGACGUACCCCUUAGUAAAUACAUCCAGGACUCUUUUCCAAUUGGUAAUCACAACGUCCUCAGUUACCACACCAGCGAGUUGUUUGCGGAUACUAAGAGGCAACUGAAGGCUGUCAACCUCAAGAGAUGA